AUGGCUUUUGUUCUCCAACAUGUGCAGCAGAACAAACUCAUCACUGAUCGUGACUAUAAGGCUCUUAAAAGCCUAACCCCAAACACUGAUCAGUCGUCUGGUGAAUUACUAGAUAAAUUGAGAGACAAAGGGGAAGACACCUGUCAGAAAUUCAUAGGCUUACUGAAGCAGCAGUGUAUGCUGGACCAAUAUCCAAGGCUGAGAGAUGUCUUCUCAGAUCAACCAGCACAUCUCAGACAAGAGUGGAUUAUACUCUGGAGUAUGCACAGCGAGCAAGUGGGCGUGUUGAUGCCGUUUCUAAUAAGUGACUGGCGCGAAACUGGAAGAAUACAAACGUCUGAGGAUGAGGAAGAUUUACAAGAAGACGGCGACGAAAAGGUCUGGAGAGACGAUGAGAUUAGGGAACUUCAGUUGGCGCCGCCCCCCGCCCAAACCAAACGGAGUAUUUCCAGUACAGACCCAGCAGAAGUCAGAGAGAAGCUAAAAUCCAGUUUUAAAGAGAAAUUUAAAUGCAUUUAUGAAGGAACUUCAGAGGAGGGAGAGCAUACAUUCUUAAAUCAAAUCUUCACAGAACUGUACAUAGUAGAUGGUUUUACAGGAGAAGUGUGCCGUGAUCAUGAGGUGAUGCAGAUGGAGGAACCAUCUACAACAGCUGCUACAGGACAAACACUGAUAAAAUGCAACAAUAUUUUUAAAAUUCAGUCUGAGAAACACACUCCUGUCAGAUCAGUGCUGACAUUAGGGAUUGCCGGCAUUGGAAAGACAGUUUCUGUGCAGAAGUUUGUCAUGAACUGGGCAGAAGGAACAGCCAAUCAGGAUGUAGAUUUCAUAUUUGUGCUUCCAUUCAGAGAGCUGAACUUGCUAAAAGAUGACCAGUUCAGUCUUCCUGAACUUCUUCUUUACUUCCAUCCUGAACUUGAAGAACUAAAAGAGGCUCACAUAUACCAAAGGAGUAAACUUCUUUUCAUCUUUGAUGGUCUUGAUGAAAAUCAGAUUCCAUUGGAAUUGGAACGAAGCAAAAAGCUCUCUGACAUAACAAUAAAAUCACCAAUAAAUCUGCUGAUAACAAACCUUAUCAAAGGAGAGCUGCUACCCUCUGCUCUCAUCUGGAUAACUUCUCGACCAGCAGCAGCUAGUCAGAUCAAUCGAAAGUACAUCCACCGUGUUACAGAAAUAAAAGGAUUUAGUGACAUACAGAAAGAGGAAUACUUAAGAAGGAGGAUCAGAGAUGAGGAUAAAGUGCAACGAAUUCUCUCACACUUAAAGAAAUCAAGGAGUCUCCACAUCAUGUGUCACAUACCAGUUUUCUGUAGGAUUACAGCCACUGUGCUGCAGAAAAUGUUGAAAGAAUGUGAAGAAGUGAAAAGUGAGAAGGUGAUCACUGCUCCAACUACUUUGACAGAAAUGUAUUUGCGUUUUCUGCUCAUUCAGACAAAUCAAAUGAAAGAGAGACACACUGGAAAUGAUGGGUGUCCACUACUGAAGCUUGGCAGGUUGGCAUUUUCUCAGCUGGAAAAGGGAAAUAUUGUAUUUUAUGAGAAGGACCUGCUGAACUGUGAUCUUGAUGUCAAACAGGCUGUGAUGGAUUCAGGGAUCUUCACACAGAUCUUAAAAAAUGAGGGAAAGGUAUUCAGCUUCAUGCAUUUAAGCUUUCAGGAGUUCCUCGCUGCCUUAUAUGUGUUUCUAAUGUUUACAAAUGAAAAGAUCAAUGUCCUCCAAAACAAAGUCACACAGCCUUUGAGAGCAUUUCUAAAAUUGUUGACAAACACAAUGCAUGAUCUCCACAAGACAGCUAUAGAUGAGGCCCUACAGAGUACAAAUGGACACCUGGACCUUUUCCUCCGCUUUCUCCUUGGCCUUUCACUAGAGAUCAAUCAAAAACUUCUGAAAACACUUCUACCAGACACAGAAAUCAGACCAGAGAGUGUGAAUAGAACAGUCGACUACAUCAAGAAGAAACUCAAUCGGAACAUUUCAUCAGAGAGGAGCAUCAAUCUUCUCUACUGUCUCAGUGAAAUGAAAGAUGACUCAAUCUCGUCUGAAAUCCAGAAGCUUCUGACCUCAGGAAAUCUCUCAGUAAAGAAACUCUCAUCUGCCCAGUGGUCAGCUCUGGUCUUUGUGUUGCUGAUGUCAGAAGAGACUCAAGAAAAGUUUGACCUGAAGAAAUACAGAGCAUCACAGGAAGGGUUGGAGAGACUGCUGCCAGUCGUGAAAAACACCAGGCGAGCUUUACUUCGUGGUUGUAAACUCACUGAACAGUGCUGUGAAGCUGUAGCCUCAGUUCUACAGUCAGUAAACUGUCCCCUGAGAGAACUGGACCUGAGUAACAAUGACCUUCAGGAUUCAGGAGUGAAGUUUCUCUGUGUGGGAAUGAAGAAGCCACACUGUAAACUGGAGAUACUGAGGUUGUCAGGUUGUUUAGUGACAGAGGAAGGCUGUUCUUCUCUGGCGUCAGCUCUGAGUUCAAACCCCUCACACCUGAGAAAGCUGGAUCUGAGCUACAAUCACCCAGGAGACUCAGGAGUGAGGCUGCUCUCUGCUAGAAUGGAUGAUCCAUACUAUCAACUAGACACACUCAAUAUGGACAAUGGUGGAAAAUCCCGGAUCAAACCAGGAUUAAGAAAAUAUGUCUGUGAACUUACAAUGGACCCAGACACAGCACAUGGGCGUCUCUCUCUGUCUGAGGGGAACAGAAAGGCCACAUGGAGAGAAAUUCAGUCUUAUCCUGAUCAUCCAGAGAGGUUUGAUCACUGGCCUCAGGUAGUGUGUAGAGAGGGUCUGACUGGACGCUGUUACUGGGAGACUGAGUGGAAUGGUAUUAGUGUCAUGGCAGUGACAUAUAAAGGAAUUGGAAGGAAAGGAAAGGGUGAUGAUGGUAGGUAUACACUUAAUGAAAAGUCCUGGGGGCUUUGGUGCUUUGAUUCCAAAUAUGCUGCCCGUCACAAUAACCAGAGCACUGACAUACCUGCCCCCCCCUCACCCACACACAGAGUAGGAGUGUAUCUGGACUGGCCAUCUGGAACUCUGUCCUUCUACAGCGUCUCCUCUGACACACACACACUCACACACUUGCACACAUUCCACUGCACAUUCACUGAACCCCUCUAUGCAGGGUUUGGAUUUGGGCUUAUUCUCGCUGACGCAGGAUACGGAGCAUUUGCAAGAAUUCACAAUUUAAUCUUUCAACAGGAUUCCCAUGUGGAUGGCAAGGGGUUGUAUGUGAAUGAGAGAUACCUGCGAGUUGAUCGUGGUGGAGUUUUUCAGGGUAUCCAAAGCGUGGAAUGA